CCGUGAGCUGGUCAGCAAUAUCUGUGUUCAUAAUGCAUCAGUAAUUGACGCUAGCGUCGUGCUGACCGGCGAUAGAGUCGUAACAACUAGUGAAGACGGAGACAUGCGCGUUACGGACCUUAGUGUCACGCAUUCGGUGUACCAGAAGAAGUUCUCCGAAGCGCUGGCAUCCCUCUGCUGGGACGGGCGCGGCACGCUGUGGCUUGGGAGCGGGACGGGAGCGCUGAGACAGUGGGACAUGGUCGCCGUGGUGCAGCGGGACGAGUUGCAGGCUCAUCAAGAUUCGAUCAACAGCAUUUACUUCGAUGAGCCGACGAACACCCUGGUGACAGCUAGCAGCGACAAGACUGUGAAAGUGUGGAAACUGGAGCCAAACUCCUGACGAACAAUGUACACUAAACACUCAAGAAACCAGUAUUAUAGAAUACCAUUAUUAUGAUCUUAAUUUGAUGAUGAUCGGAACAAUUGUGAUACUCAUGAUAUAAUUUAGCGUCAACCGAAUUGACAAUAAAGUUCGUGCAAUAAGUGAA